AUGCUUCCCUCUGCGUGCUUAGGGAAAAGUGAGGGUGAGUUGGGCUUCCAAGAUCCUCAUCUUUUGUUACUGUUACAGCACCACAUGAACAAUGAGGGGUUUGCUAGUCCUGCAUUACGACGCAGCCAGCUGGCGACAGCUUUGAGCAAGAGAGAGAUUCCAGCUACUGAAGCUCCCUUUGAGCCGUGUAAUGAUCUUGGACCCACCUGUUCUAGUUACCUCACGAGACCUUGGAGCAGACAGGAAAAGUAUGUUGUAUUGUUUCAAGUUCAGCCCAAGAUAAAGUUCUAGAGAACGUAUACCACUUUUGUAUUAUAUUCGAAAUGUUGACAGUUUUUACCAAAGUUUGACUAGUACUUCAUCGUUUAUUAACUCCCCGAAAGGUGGAGCUGACAAUCAUUAGGGAACUAGUAACUUUUUCGUUCUCUAAGGUGAUAAAUCGCUAUGUGUCCUAACCUGCAUGUGAUAUCGCGACCUGCAAGGAAGGUGUCACCUAGGUGUGCCGGGUUUGGAUACUCACACUUGCCUGACAGGUCAACAAAAUGGAUCAGUGAAAUGAGUCAGCGAAUUAGGUUAAGUAGGUUAAGUUCCUCCUGGUCUUUUCACUUACUUCCCUGGUUGUCGCAAGUGUAAACCCGAUAAUUAGGCUACCCUUAAGCCUGUUCCAGGCUCUAAGACAGUAAUGAGCAGAGAUCGUCAAAACUAAUGCGAAAAACGAGCGGGUGGUUGAGCAGAAUAAAGGAACGCCAGAAGGUUAGGUCGAGUACCUGAGGCCCAAAAAAGGAAGAAUAACAAAAUCAGAUAAACUUAACUUUACUGAUGGCCCUUUUUUUUUCUUACAGGGGUACCAGCUGUCCUGUUCCCAUGCCACGCCCCUCAUCAUCUGCCCCUCCAUCUCGUACUUCUUCUCCGUCUCCUUCGUUACGUCCCUCUUCACGCACCAGUAUUAAACGCCCCACAGACAAGAAUACAGAUCAUAAAAAACUCAACAAGGACUUGGCUGAAGCUGAUGCCAGGGCCAAGCAGCAGUGGGAAGAAAGUGAUCCUCUGUAUGAAAAGCUCUUCGUCCCAGAAAAUCUCUCCGCUGAGGAGUUCCUCUUUAGAUUUCACGACCCUUAUCCCGAGACUUGGGUAGAUGAGACUAUUGAGGAUGCCUGUUUCAGAGGUUCGAAGAAAAUGGACCCGUUCAUGCACAGAAUGAAAGAACUGGAAAAUUUAAAAGAGGAAACGGUGCUGUGGGAAAUAUACAAAGAGGAGAAAGCCAGGCAAAGCUCCGAGGGUGUUAGUUCAGCUAAAGGAUCUUCUCAAAGACUCUCUCGAUCAACGUCCAAUCGGACUAGCAAUUCUCGAUCGCAGUCUGCUAAAGUGAACCCUCCUCAACUGUACCGGGCAAAAUCUGUUGUCAAUAGAUUGAAACGUUCCUCUUCCGCUGGAAAACCAAGCGCGUCGAAUCAUGUAGUUUCUGCCUCCGAUGAUGGUUCAGACAGCGUGCGAACUUUCCGUAACAGUGGGUAUCAGUUGGGUAUUUCGUUCGUUCCUGGCUCGCUCUAUCCCGAAGCGCGACCACCUCCUAAGUCUCGAACUCGGGCUCAUAGCUCAAAAUCUUUAAACAGUGAAAGCAACUCUCGGAAAGUUUGGAAUACAUCGCAGUUACCGAACGCGCAAACAAACGAUAACAGCAAAACAGCACCAGCGCCUAAAUGUGAAGCAUGCUCCCCAAGACCAGGGGUUUCUCAACGAGAAGCAUGCACUGGCCCACGCAGUGUAGCGACCUCCGUCCAUGCUCUUCGCAACCAAUACAUAAUGAAAGCUUCGGAGUGCUACGACAUCGUUGAAUUAGCCAGGACGUUUGACCCACCUUGCAAGAACCAUUGUGUCAAAGCCGCGAAAGAUACUUUGACAAUUUCUAGUACCGAAAAAGCCUUAAAUAAAGGCAUUAAGCCAGGCAAAAGUUACUUCUCCCAGCGAAGAAUUUCCUUGACACGGUUAACUCCAGAUGAGAGUAUGACCGUGAGAGGGAUGAGCCCGCAGAACUUGGCAAGGCCCGCUACCGGCCGUUGUAAGUCAGCAAAAAGGGGCCCAAAGCGGAGAUGA